AUGGAAACAAUGAAGAAAGCUUCAUUAAUAUUUUUAUUAUUUUAUAUUACUCAUGUUCAGUGCACAGACGAUAUAAACGUUGCAUCAAGCAAGACCUUUGGGGGAAAAAUACAACCUUUGCGACCAUGCACUGCAUGGCAAUGCUGUCCAUCAUUUUUCCAAUGCUGUUUAAAGGAUGGCAUAUGGAAGUGCUGUCGUGGACCUAUACCUGUUUCACUAACUGUGCCUUGCAACUAG